GGGUCAUACGGCCACAAAUCGCAUGUGGCGUGCACGUUGUUUUCGUUUUGUAAACAAAAGACGAUCCUGAUCAAAAUGGAAGCCCUAGCAGAGCUUGCAGGCGACGAGAAGAACGGAGAGGGAUCCCGCACCUUCGUUUUCCUUAACGAGGGCCACACACUUGGCAACGCUCUGAAGACGAUCAUCGCCAGGUACCCAGAGGUAGACUUCUGCGGAUACACCAUACCCCAUCCCACCGAACAGAAGCUGCACUUUCGCAUACAGUCGCGCCGGGAUCGCGCUGUGGAUCUCCUAAAGCGUGGACUCGAGGAUUUGGAGGCGCUGUGCGAUCACACUAUGGAAGUUUUUGGGAACGAAAUGAAUAACUUUAAUGCUGCGGAUUCAAGGAGUGUGCAAGAGAAUACAUGAGUGAGAUUUAAACGA